CCGCGAGUUUGUUUUGAUCGGCUGCCGGACUGCGAGCCUCAAAUCCGUGGUUAUACAACAUAAAUCGUGAAAAAUUGAAAUACAUUUAAGUUCAUUCUUAAAAGUUAACUUGUUACAGUUGCAGUAUUAAUUGUUUUCAAUGCCAGAAUGCUGUCCAUGCGGGUUUUAGUGCGAUGUGCUCAGCGUCAAUCACUGCCUUCUGGAAAAGGUUUGGCGCAAAUGAUUUCCGGCAGCAGUAGUAGUCUUCGAACAUCCAUUGCUCCGUUCAGAUGCUUGUGCUCCAAAGUGUCGGACACCGCUUCGGACGGUCACGGUUUCAAAGUGUAUAACGGCAUAUUGACGCCUCAGAUCCGGAUGGUAAAAGUGUUUUCCCUGGCUACCAGUUUGGGAGGCAUUGUCGCGCAGCCAAUACUGCUGGAGCAGGCCAGCAAAAUCGGUGGAACCCCUAUGAUUGUUGCCAUAUGUGGAUUCGCCGGUUUCUUUACAUUCGUUACGCCACUCCUGCUUCAUCUGAUUACCAAGCGGUACGUCACGGAACUUCACUAUGACGACGCAAAGAAAGAGUACACCGCUUCUACAAUAACGUUUUUGCUUCAGAAACAAAUGACGAAAUUCAAACUGGAGGAUGUGGUAGUACCCGAAGUGCCCGGUAUGUUUACCACUUUCAUGGUCGGAGACAAAUCCUUGUUUGUCGAUCCGUCGCUUUUCCCCGAUCCAACGCAUUACAUCAAAAUCAUGGGCUACGACAAACCGAUUGAUUUCAAGUUUGAAGAAGCACGGCAAAGUGCCGAAGAGGCAAGUAAAAAGUAAAGUUAUGCCUGAGGGGAAUAAACUUGCUUGGGAUACGAAUUUCUC